UGUUUGACUGCUGAGUUUUCUAUCUAGUGCUACCGGGAAAACCUUGUCUAGGUAGCAGGGCAUCCUUUCCGGCAUCGGCGCCCAUACACCAUCGCAUCAAUUAGCUACUGAUUGGACGUAGGCUAGACACCUAUCCACAUCAUUAUAAUCAGCUGUUGCCUAUUUUCGCUGUCAUCAGACGACUUACUUAAGCAGAGUCAAGUGAAAUAUUAACCUGUUAGUGGUUAAUAGGCAAACUGUAAUCUCCGUGCCCAUCGGCAGUUAAUACAUGAAGAUGUCCUAUUGUGAAGACUGAACAAGACUGAGUUUUUGUCAUGAUGGGGAGGAAGCUGGAUCUUUCUGGCUUGACUGGAGAUGAAGCUGAUCAUGUGCUCCAAGUUGUACAGAGAGAUAUAAACCUACGUAAAAAAGAAAAGGAGCGUCUGAGUGAGAUGAAACAGGCACUCGAAGAAGAAGGCAGCAAAUGCUCAAUCCUCUCCAAACAGACCAAGUUUAAUGAGCGAUGCUGCAUUCGCUGCUGCACCCCAUUCACAUUUUUAAUUAACACCAAACGACAGUGCUUGGACUGCAAAUUCAAUGUCUGCAAGAGCUGCAGCAGCUACAGCAAGAAGGAAAAGGCAUGGAUCUGCACAGUGUGCCAAAAAAGCAGACUCCUGAGAACACAGUCUUUGGAAUGGUAUUAUAAUAAUGUGAAAAGUCGAUUCAAAAGGUUUGGAAGUGCAAAAGUGUUGAAGACAUUAUACAAAAAGUAUCUGUCAGAAAGAGGAAUUUUGUCAGAUGUUACAGAAAACAGUGUAUAUGAAGGAAGUAUCGAUGGAAGUAUUUGUGGGAGUGACUCUACAUUCUAUAAGCAAUCUGAAGGUCAUAGCAUGGCAGAAACUCUUACAGUAGCACUUCGUGUAGCAGAGGAAGCGGUUGAAGAAGCCAUCUCUAAAGCGGAAGCCUAUAGUGAUAGUCUGGAGAAGCAAAACGAAGCCUAUUACUUACGAGAAAACAAAGAAGAACUAAUUGAAGAGCUUGCCACAACAAUUGUGCAAAAAAUAAUAAAGAGAAGAAAGUGCCCUGAGAUGCAGUCUGAAUAUGAACUAGCAAUUCCACAGUCAGAAAGCAGCAAGAUGACUUCACCUUGUGUCUCAGAGCACAGCACUCUAACCUCUCAGGCCAGUUGCAAGGGAUCAUAUACUUUAUGGAGAUCUCAGUCUGCUUUCUCACUUGCAAGUGAUGAACGUUUAGAGAGGCAAUUGGACUCAAACUGGAGAUCUGCAGUUGUUGAUACUCAAUGGCGAAGACAAGAAGGCUUUCCUAACUUGAAGAAGGAAUCUAGACCAUCUUCUAUGCCUAGCUGGAGAAGCAUGGAUAUGUUAGAUAAUUCUAGUUCAUCUUCUGUAUUACAAAGUCCAGAUGGUAACUGGAUUGCUUUACAAAGUACAAUACUUUCUCGCCCAUGUUUACUCACCAAGCCAAAAAGCCAGCUCUAUGCAGCUCUUGAAAAGGAGACGGACAUUAUUUCUGCAUAUGAUGAAAUGGGUACCGACACAGAUGAUGAAUAUGACUGGAACUAUUCCCUAACUGAGCAAAAAAGAUCACCACGGAGGCUGUCUGAAGAAAGCUGCUACACCGAUUCCCAGCAUGACCCAGAAUGGACAUAUACAAAGCAUUGGCCAGUUACCUCACCAUCUUCAGGGCGGUUUACCAAUACAGAGACUGUAGGUUCAGAUUCUGAAACCUCAUCUUUGCAUUCUCUGAGGAAUCACUCAACAUAUCUUCAUAAAGAACCAAUCCUGAAAAGGAAGAGCCCAUGUCUUGCUGAAUCUAUGGACAUUAAUUUCAAUCCACAAGUGAGGAAUUUAGGAACUGCUGACAGCAGUGAAACUGAAGAGUUUCAAAGUGAUUCUGUCCGCAAAGCACGUUGUAGAAGAAAAACUAAAUCAUCAUCCAGACUGCACAGCUGUAGGAAUGGAAGCUCAUUAAAGAUCCAACGCGUUCAGCCUUCUGCUUCGUUUCAGCACUUUUCUGAUGGAUCACUAGGGUCAGAUCACUUUGAUGAGGAACGCCCUAUGCAAAGUGAUACAGAUGCCAUAGAGCUGGAGCUAAAAUCGAAACUGUCAAGAAUAGCUGCUAAGAUAAGUGAUAAGGACUCCUCUUCUGAGGAUGAAACAGAAUGGAAUGUUCUCACUUCACCAGUGAAAGUGCCAGAGGAGAGCUCAUCAUGUGAGGAUGCUGACAGAAAAGUAUAUGAGGAUGACUUCAAGGAAGAUUUCAAUUCUUUAGAACUCCAUCACCGACUGCAGGUCUUCUCCUCGGUCUUACAGCAGAAAUAUUCUGCAGCAUCCCUCUGCAGUAUUACAGCAGAAGUGCUUAAGGUAAUUAAUGCUACAGAGGAUCUCAUUGAAGAAGUUGAUGGUAACAGUGAAUUCUCCACAGAUCUACAAAAAAGUCGACUAAUUCCUGAAGGAACAGACACAGGAAAACUUGAUGAACAUCUUACCAAGCUAGAGGAAAAUGUUUAUUUAACUGCUAGCACCGUGUACGGUCUUGAAGGACAUUUGGGAGAACUAGAAGAAUGUGCUCGAAGCAUCAAUACAAUUACCACUGAAAAUGAGCUUGCACAUCUGGAAGAUCAGGUAGCAACUGCUGCAGCCAAAGUUCAUCAAGCAGAGAUACAGCUUUCUGAUAUUGAGCAAAGGAUCUCUGCUCUAAAAAUUGCUGGCUUAAAUGUAACCCCAUGCAUGAGAUUCACAAAGUUAAAAGAACAAAGGCUUUCUCGUCAGACCAUUGACACUUCACGAAACCAGAGAAGAAAACUUCCAGCCAUUCCAGUGCAAGAGAGCAAGAUCUGUCAUGACAGAGUCUCCCCAGUAACCUUCAAUAGAAACCCAAUAUAUCACUCUUCAUUAGAGAGAAGGAGCUGCAAUGAAGACAAAAGCAUACCCAAAGACAACAGUACACCGAAGUUUGAUGUGAGCACCAGUUUAAUGUAUUGAGGCAUGCAAAGUGGUAUAAACAGCACACUGCCUAUGGCGGAAUACAACAGUGCCUUUCAUUAGCAGUCACUCGGCUUUGAGAAGAGCUGGAUGAACAACAGUCCCAGAGUGAUCAUGUUAAUGAGUUCUAUUUUGAUACCUCCACUGGGUUUCGUCUUCGGCUAGAUACAGUAUAUGUCACUUGGGAGAUGAAAAAUCUUUGCCUUAAUACUAAUAACACAAAAGAAAACAGGUAGUUGUAUACAUUGUUCAAAAAAGGUUUUCUUUGUUUCUGUAUUAUGCAAGGUUGUCAAUAAUUUUAACAAGAUGAUUAAAAAUGUUACAGCAGAAUUAGAUGACAUUGUAUGUGUCUAAAUAGUUUUAACUGUUAAAUUGCUGUAAAGUGCAAUUUGGCCAUAUAAUGCCAUAAGAGAACUAAACAUGUUAUAAACAAUCCUAAAUGUUUUUGUUUUUUGUCAAGUAAUUCUUACUUUUUUUUAAUUGAUAAAAUAUUUUGUACUUUUUUUUUUAAAAAAAAAUAACACAAUAUACUGUUAAUGUAGGUAAAUCCAAUCUGUUUUCGUGCCAGAUCAAUGUGUGUGGUGACUGGAAAGUAUUGCAUAAUGUCUUCAGUAAUUUUACAAAUGGAUGGGAGAUAAAGGUAAUUGCUGCUAAAUCUGUAUAUAUGAUAAGUUUGCAAAAAGUAUCAACUGACCCACAGCAACAUUUAUGUACAUAUUGCAUGCAGUGAAUAUGGAUUUGAACUAAUAUAGUCUGAACAGAUUAUUAUUGAGCUCCCAAAAUCUGAGUUGUUGUAUACAAGCUGCUAAAACCAUUGUUUCACGCAUUUGUUCCAUAUUGUAUUUUGAGAAUGUGUCAAUUUACAAAAAUAUAUAUUGACCUCCUUAACAAUAACUUGAAUAUCCAGUGCUCAUCCUUCGGUUGACUUUCUUGAAUGUUGUUCACCUGGAUUUGCUAGAAUAUUGAGUAAACAACACUUUGAGUUCUUCUUGUCAUGGUAAUCGGAUGUAUCAUUGUGCCUGGAAGACUAUGAUUUCUAGCCAAAUUAUAAAUUCCUAGCUGUGAUGCAAAUUUAACAUUUUUCAUUUUGUUAAUGUGACAUGUUCAAUAAUCCUGUUCCUCUCAUGUCUGACUAUGUCUUAUAAUUUUGUCACUAUAAAAGUGACAAAUAAUUUUGGCAGCUUUGAAAGUCAAACCUAAGACUAGAGCAUAUAAUACAUUUACUAAUAUGCAAAUUAUGUCAUGGUAUUUACAGAGUUGACAUGUUUCAUGUGUUCUGGAAUAAUAGUAAAUUAAUUCAUUUUCUGCCAAGGAUUCUCUGUUAAAUAAAAUUUACUAAACCAAUGUCACAAUAUGCCAAUUCUGAAAAAUGGAGUUUUCACUAAUACCCUGUAUUAAAGUCAUUUUGUCUCAGUCAAAUAAAUCAGAGUGUAAAGUACAUAAAGGAGAAUGAAGAUCAAUAAACAUUCAUAAACUUUUGUCCAAAUUGGCAUGGUCAACUUUACAGCUUACUUUUACUGUUUCCAGUGUAGGGCUUGUUAAAGCUUUUAUAGCAUUCUGUUUGUCUUCUUCUGCCUUUUUUUAAUAAAGUACUUUGCUCAGUCUUUGUACUUUACUACAUUUGCUGGACAAUCAUAUGGUGCUUCAUUCACAUUUUUAAAGCUUUCUAUAAGUUUAUGUAAGGGGAGAAACAAAUGUAUGGCUAUACUCUGUAUUAACUAGUUAGCAGGGUGGUUAAUGGUAGUGUAAAUUUAUUCUGUUGUAUAAACUGAUGCUUGCUUAUCAAUGGCAUCAUACUAGGAUACGUUGUAAAUGUACAUUAUAAUGUAAUUCAUACAAAUAAUGAUGAACCUAAUUGUGUCAGCAUAGUAAAAAAAGGAUUUAUUGUGGGAACCAUAUGUUUGUGUGACAUGUCUUUCAUGCUUGCUUCAAGCUAUGUCCACUGUACAUUUUUGUAGUGCAAAUCAAAUUAUUUAAAAGUAAAAUAUAAUAUGAAACAUUCA